AUGAUCACUGUGGUUCUGCUCAUCUGGACCGUGCCCUGCGUAGCUAAUCAGCUUCUCAGUGGUUUUGUUAAAGGAGAAUUUCAGAAAGGUUCCCACCAGCUUAUAUGCAGCAUGCCAGGGCCACAGGGCCCUCCUGGCCCUCCAGGAGCACCAGGGUCUCCAGGAAUAAUUGGGCGAAUGGGGUUUCCAGGGAAGGAUGGAAAAGAUGGCGAGGACGGGGAGAAAGGAGAGCAUGGAGAGGAAGGUCCCCAAGGCAGAACUGGAAACCCAGGCAAACCAGGACCAAAGGGGAAAGCAGGCGCCAUCGGCAAAGCAGGUCCACGAGGUCCGAAGGGUAUUAAGGGAAAUCAUGGGAAACAUGGAGUGCAAGGAAAGAAAGGACCCAAAGGGAAAAAGGGCGAUACUGGUAUGCCAGGACCAUGCAGCUGUGACACCAAAAAAGCCAAAUCUGCCUUUUCAGUCGCAGUCACCAAAAGCUACCCGAGAGAGAGGCUGCCCAUCAAAUUUGACAAGAUCCUUAUGAAUGAAGGAGGGCACUAUAAUGCUUCCAGUGGGAAAUUUAUAUGCAGCAUUCCUGGUAUUUACUACUUCACUUACGACAUAACUUUGGCCAAUAAACACUUGGCCAUUGGGUUGGUCCACAACGGGCAAUACCGAAUAAAGACAUUUGAUGCCAACACUGGUAACCACGAUGUGGCCUCUGGAUCAACCAUUAUUUCCCUGAAACAGGAUGAUGAGGUGUGGUUGCAGAUCUUCUACUCGGAACAAAACGGGCUCUUUUAUGAUCCCUACUGGACAGACAGUUUAUUUACCGGCUUUCUUAUAUAUGCUGACCAGGAUUAUCUCAAUGAAAUAUAG